CCUCACGCAGCCUUGCAGUGAGCACAUAGCGAACUAUUCUUUCGCCUUUUACUAAAGAAUACCGUGUGCGCGCUGCUUUAAAGAGGCAUACGUCUAUUUUUGGAGGGAUAAUCCUUAAUUGGAUUGUUCCAACAAUGCUUAGUUGAACAUUUAAUAGUUUCCCUAUCAGGGGAUGUCCAAAUUAGUUCCGUACUGCUGCGUUCUUUAGCGGCAAAACACAAAAUGAAAUACCAGAGCUGCAGAAGAAGUUGAUUACUUCCCAGAUUUAUCGGUUUUGAUUUUAAUUUCCCCACGGAUAAUAACCUGCUUUCUUUGUGUAUUUUGUAAGUAUGGUGCUGAGCGGAGACAAAACUACACUUAAUACGUUACAGAAAAGUUUACGGCGAUCCGCUACUAAUAUUUAUGGAUUUUAGCGGUUUAAGUAUGUUUAUAGAACUUUUCCAUCCAAUUUUCAGCACAUAUUUCCAAACGCCAUUGUGUGUUGCUGGAUGGUGUUUUCGAGAAUGAUUUUGGGAAGCAGCCCUAUACAAUCUCUAGAUCAAAUUUAAUAAAAAACAAAGUCUUCAACAAACAACACAGGGAAGAAGCUCCCUCUACUGGACGAACUCAAGCCCUUAAAGACCAUCAUGCCUAGAGAAAAUUGCAGUAGAGAAGAUUCUGUCAUACAAAGUGAUUACACAUCUGUAGCUUUAACACUACCAAUACAAGUUAACCGUAAGGAUCUUCACACUGAAAAGGAAGGAAAGAGUGCAUAAAAGGAAACACUUGCUGGCUGCUUGUUUCACUUACGACUGACACUCCUCUCUCCCUCUGCUUCCCAUCUGUUUAUGUCUAACUGAGUGUAGGAGUGAGACACAUGAUAAGUGGGAUGCGAGUGAAGGACGAGACGAUCCGUUUGAACACUGGUGAUUUGUGUGGGAGUAAUGAACUAAGGAAAGCAGGUUGAGAGAGUUUUAGAGAGAGAAUUUCUAAUAUUUCUAGAGUGAGAGAAAAAGAGAUCCCCCACCAAGUUACCAAGGCUGCACAAGAAGCAGGGGAUUGCUGCUUCCCAGAUUCAUCGGUUUUUUAGUUUAAUUCCCCAUGAAGAAGAACCUGCUUUCUUUGUGUAUAAUUUGUAAGUAUGGUGCCGUGUGGAGACAAAAAGUAUUAAUCAAGACGACGAUCAAAUGAUGCGCUGUAUUAUCUUGGAUUUGUAUGUGCUUUAUUUGCGGACUUCUUCUAGCUUGGAAGAGAAUCAGCGACAGCUAAGUUCCUAUAUUUGUUUGAGAUAAAUAAUAAUAAUAAUCUCAAACCUCUAUUCCCCUCAUCCAUUCCUUCAACUUGCACCAGACGGGAAGCGAAUCUCCAUCGUCAUUAAUUUGCCUUUUUUGUUUUUUGUUUAAAGAAUUAUCAAAUUGCCAUACGCUCCACAAUGUCCUCUUCUGCUUAACAAUAUUCUUUAUCAUUAUAUAUAAAAAAAAUCAAAUAUAAAUACUAUUUAAAUUACACAAUCAAAAUGGUUGAUUAUAGAUAGAAAUAUAGAUAGCAGCCGUUUACAGAAUCUUAAGCAACAAUGUGCGGUGGUAAACGAGGAGAUAGAUUAGCGAUCAAAAAACAUUUCAGGUUUUUCUACUAAAUAUCAACAAACAGUUCCGUUAAAAUUUCACAGUAAAGUUCAUCUGUUGAUGCAGUGCUCGUAUAUUGGAUUUGUGUUGCAGAAGUGCCUAAGGUUGUGUGCUCCACCUCCAUUUUUGCAGUGGGAUCAAAUGAUUGACUGGUGUGUGCAGAAUUGGGGAGGGGGAAAAUCUGCUAAGUCUAAAGUGUGUCGCCUUACUUGGUGUGUUGUCCUCAGCUGGGUUUGGCGUGAGUGAUACUUGCGUUUGUAUGGAGAUCGGCCUGCUCGUUCCCCAUUGGAGAUCUGUAGUGUAGUGCGUGGUGAAGUGGCAUGCAGGGUGAAUGGAGAUCCAGAGAUGCAGAAAGUUCUUGUCUCCUUGAUGGAGGUUGAUAGUUAGAUUUUUCUUUCUGAUAGUUAUAGAAGCUAUAUAGCUCUUGUAUAUGACAGUUUGAGAGGCAUUUGUAGCUUUGCAAAUGGCCCGAGCUUAAUGAAAUUUUUAGAUUCCCAUCUAAAAAAAUUUCACAGAGAAAAACAACAAACGAAAUCGAAAAACAUGAAUCAUAGAUAGACUAUACUUCUCCAAAUGCGCUCUCCAUACCUCUACGUCGUGGGUCACAGCCUUGUCAACAAAACAACGAAACAUUGAUUGAGAAUCACCCAAAAUUAGAAACCACCAUAAAUCCAUGAGACAGUAGUUACAUCACACAAAGGAAUAUGUACCUUGGGCAUUUGUACUUGUACAAUAGCCACCAUUUAUUAUCAUGAUUAUAUUAAUGCAAUGAUGAGAUAUUUACUUAGCAGCAUAAACUAUCAACGAACGACAUUAAGCGGACAAAUAAAUUUUACGAUCAAAUCAUCAAUUAUUCACCUUAUUAAUGAUCAUUUAGUAGAUUCCUAACUUUUUCUUAGAUGAUUAGUACUAGCAUCAAAGCUUGAAUAAGAAGUUUUUUUUUAUAAGCUCGAAUAAGAAGUUAGCAGCCACAACUAGCUAACUUCUAUUUUUGAGUAGUUUUGCUGCAAUGCUGGAAAAAGGAAAAGAAAAGACGCUUUUUAACGACCCUAGGAAAAGAAAAGGACCCGCUAAAGAAAAACGGAAGAGAGAAACCCGACCCGACUGACCCAGAAAAUGGUUGCUGAAGGUGGAGUGAGGGCGAGAGCCUUUGCUUGUUAUCUAGCUAGUGUAGUCAACAACACACACUGCUUUAUAGCUCCAUCCAUCUCCUCUUCUCUCCCCCAUUUCUUCCCCUUCCGAUCAAACCUACCCACCAUUACCAAGAUGAAGACCCACCACGGUCCAAAUUUACCGGUCAUAUUCCUCAUCCUCGCCCUCUUCACACUUCUCCCACUGAAUCCAGCCGCCGGAGCCGACGCCAGUACCCUCACUUACCUGUGGCCCCUCCCCGCCGACUUCGAUUCCGGCGAGCAGACUCUCUCCGUUGACCCCGACCUUGCCCUAGUCGGCGAUGGAAACGGCGGCAAGUCGGCGAUCGUCAAGGACGCCUUUGACAGGUACAAGGGGAUUAUAUUCAAGCGCGGCGGGAGUGGCAGCAGGCGGUCCUUGGCCUUGGAGAGGUUUACUGGUGGUCGAAAGGGGAAGCGAUCGGCUAGCUACGAUAUUGCAGGGUUGAAAAUCGUCGUGCAUUCAGAGAGCGAGGAGCUUGCGCUAGGAGUGGAUGAGAGCUACAAGCUAUUUAUAGGGAAGAGUGAUGGGCAGUCCAUUAUAUGGGAAGCUACUAUCGAGGCGAAUACCAUCUACGGGGCGUUGCGGGGUUUGGAGACUUUCAGCCAGUUGUGUAUAUUUGACUAUGGAACUAAAUCUGUACAAAUACACAAGGCUCCAUGGUACGUUCAAGACAAGCCAAGGUUCGAUUACCGCGGGAUGAUGAUCGACACGUCAAGACACUAUUUGCCGGUUGCUGUUAUCAAGCAGAUCAUUGAAUCCAUGUCCUAUGCCAAAUUUAAUGUGCUGCAUUGGCACAUCAUAGAUGAGCAGUCAUUUCCGCUGGAGGUGCCAUCAUAUCCAAAAUUGUGGAAAGGUUCAUAUUCAAAUUGGGAGCGCUACACUGUUGAGGAUGCAUAUGAAAUUGUUAACUUUGCCAAGUCCAGAGGCAUAAAUGUAAUGGCCGAAGUAGAUGUCCCUGGUCAUGCAGAAUCAUGGGGAGUUGGAUACCCUGAUCUUUGGCCUUCUUCCUCCUGUAGAGAGCCACUGGACGUUACAAAGAAUUUUACCUUUGAUUUGAUAUCAGGGAUGCUGUCAGACAUGAGGAAAAUUUUCCCUUUCGGCCUCUUCCACUUGGGCGGAGAUGAAGUUAACACAGAUUGCUGGAGUUCCACCCCUCAUAUUAAGAAAUGGCUUGCGGAGCGGAACUUGACCACAAAAGGUGCAUAUGAGUAUUUUGUACUCAAAGCUCAAGAAAUAGCAAUUUCAAAAGGUUGGACCCCAGUCAACUGGGAAGAGACAUUCAAUGCAUUUCCAUCAGGCCUCAACCCAAAGACCAUAGUGCAUAAUUGGUUGGGCGGAGGAGUUUGUCCAGCAGCGGUUGCUAAAGGUUUUAGAUGCAUAUUUAGCAACCAAGGUUUCUGGUACCUUGACCACUUGGAUGUUCCUUGGGAGGAUGUUUAUACAGCAGAUCCAGUUGAAGGAAUCUUUGAUGCCUCCAAGCAGAAGCUUGUCAUUGGCGGAGAAGUUUGCAUGUGGGGCGAGACUGCUGAUACCUCCGAUGUCCUGCAAACAAUUUGGCCACGAGCUGCUGCUGCUGCAGAGCGGUUAUGGAGCAAGAAAGAAGACAUAUCUGGGAACAUUACGCUAACUGCAUUACCGCGGUUGCACUACUUCAGAUGCCUAUUGAACAGACGUGGAGUUGCAGCUGCUCCAGUCAAUAACAAAUAUGCCAGGCAACCUCCAAUCGGCCCAGGUUCAUGCUAUUUGCAAUGAUCCCAUGUGGCUGCUUCCUGUAUUCAUGCAAGGAUUGUGCUAUAACGAUCUUUAUGUUUGUGAAAAUUCCAUUUGUUCAACUUUACAGUUCUUCUUCUAGUAUGGGAACCACCAGGUGCCCGUAACCUGGUUUGAGCCUAUACCCUGUUGUUGUAAUUUAUUUAUUAAGGAAUCGGGUUAACCAAUUUCUGCUCCUAGUUGAACUUACUUGCCUUCCAUUUGAGAUCAUGGUCACUCCUAAUUAGGUUUCUACUCUGCUCUCUCCGGUGUGGAUUGUUAUCUGUGAAUGUCUCUGAAAGUGUUUAGUUUGGUUAUCAGCAAAGGUGACAAGUGAGUCUGCUGAGCUAACCUGUCUACUAAUCCAGGAAAUAGUUGCACUGAACGCUAGACUUUUUGACGAGGAAGAGACACAGAUGAUGUUGACGGACAGUGGCCAAAAUCCAUUUUAAUGAUGUUCUUUCAAAUCCACUGUUUGGCUGACGAGAAUCUGUACUCCACUUAGGACGUGAAGGAUUUACAAACGAUCCGAUUACAAGUUAAGAUUUUUCUGAUAUUAUGAGGAUACUUUCUCGUUCGAUUAUGAUCUCUUCUUAGAAUUCACAUACGAACACAAUCAUUGUGAAAUUCAUCAACCAACCAGACAACAGAUUUCCAAAAGCUGUUAUGUACGACUAACCUCAUCUUAUAACUGUCUUUUUCAUGCUUGGGAAUCAAGUCAAAGGAAGUGUAGUCUGUUAACUUUAAUAUGACAUAUCCUAAGUUGUUUGCAAAUAAGUAACCACAAAAGGCAUGACCAACCUUGGAAUCUUAGCUCUCGGUUGUCCAGGAAGUCUGUUUGUGUAUCUUUUAUCAGUAACUUAUUACAGAUAUACUUUGUAGUUUAUAGCAUCUCGCGACCAUAGUUUUGAUUUUGAAGGGUCCUACCAUUUUCUUAUGAUGAUUUGAGGAAAAGCAUUACCAACCUCAAUUCCCAUUAUCGGAAAAUUGCAUCUUCCGAUCUUAUUCCUAAUCUUUUUCUAUAUUAGAUGAACGGGUAAAUGUCACAUUUGGUUAUUGCGAUUACUAACUCAUGUCAUGUUUGGUCACUUGGAAAAAAUUAAUAUCAAUUUUGGUCACUCGAAUGACUGAAACACGUCACAUUUAGUUACUCUCCCGUUAGUUUCCGUCCAACUCCGUUAAUAGAGUUGGAUGGAGGCUAACGGAGAUUGACUAAAUGUGACAUGUUUCAGUAAUUCGAGUGGCAUUCAUACAAAAAAAAAAAAAAAAAUCGAGUGACUGGAGUUGGAUGAAGGCUAACGGGAGAUUGACUAAAUGUAACUUGUUUUAGUACUUUGAGUGACCAAAAUGAUAUUACUUUUUUUUAAUGCUAAACAUAAUACGAAUUAGUAAUCUCAGUGACCAAAUGUGGCAUUACCCUUAGAUGGACGUUGGACGAGAGAAAGUGUUUUGUCAUAUAUGGUCAAAUAUGGUUUAAGUGUUAAAAAAAAGAAGUGUAUAGCUCAGAUGGAACCUGAAAUUUUAUGGAUGAUGUGAUAUAGUUACAAUUCUUUGAUCAUGUGUAUAAUUCCUACCAUAUAGGCGGUAUAUUAGAUAGAUGUAUUAUACUCAUUUAUUGACUCAAAAUUUAGGGAUGGCAAAAAUAUCCGUAACCGUGGAUAUUAGUGCGAAUUCGGUCUAAAUGGGUAUGGCAAAACCCGAACCCGAAGGACAUUUAGUGGGUACGGGUAAAACUCGAACCUGAAUAUUCUGGGUAAUGGGUGGGCAUGAGUUUCUCACUAUCCAACCCGAACCUGCCCGAUUAUACACAUACAUAUGUAUUUUGUCUAUAAAUAAUCAUUAUAUUUCUCUAACAUAUUUUAUAUUUAGCAUAUAAAUAUAAUAUUUUCGU